GAUCUCUUUUGAAUCACUUAUUCGCGGAGGCCAGCACGAACCGCCGGUCAGUUGAGACCCGAAAUCGGGUCAGUUGACAACGGGAUCGGGACAAGUACAGGUGUUCGUCGUUGGACAGAAAGAAGAAGAAGAAGAAGAAGAAGAAGAAGAAGAAGAAGAAGAAGAAGAAGAAGAAGAAGAAAUAAUACAAUGAUGAUGGCGGCAGGUAGAUCUUUUCGGAAAUCGACGGCUCCGAGAGGAGGGGUAAGCUAUGGUGAUCGACUGCGCACCCUUCUCCCGUUGGUGUGUAUUGCGAUGCUGUUCUUGAUUGGGACGUCAGACAUGCGACACGUGGCGAGCGAAUGUACGUCCCGUGGUGGGGGACCACAGCCUACGUACGAGAAGAAACCGAAGGAGGGGCAGAUCGAUCGCUCUCUGUACGCUGCUGACGAUCGAGCUUGUCUUGUCGGUGCUCUGCGCGAAGCCACCAUCGCGGUGCUGGAGGACGACCGGUCGCUGGCCGCCAAGUUCCUCAGGCUGUCGUUCCACGACUGCAUGACGAAGAGAGAGCAGGCGACCGGUCGCAUCCUGGGGGCGUGCGAUGCCUCCAUCCUCCUGCCGCGAGAGAUCUCCCACCCGGUCAACGACGGCCUACGGGCGGCCGUUCCUCUCAUCUCCAAGAUCCGACGGUGCGCAGCGCAGGCGUGUAAUAAUGUGGUCCCCACCAAAGCCGACACGAUCGCGGCCGCCGCCGCUGCGUCCAUAGCCUGGUCGGGGCUGUGUCAUCCAGCUCAGUACGGCUUUACCAUCGGUCGUCGCGAUCGCGACCCCGAAUGCACGGGCGACGACCCGAUGACGCUCCCGAGCGCGACCGAGACUCUGGGCUCCGUUCUGGAAAAGCUCAGCGCGUCGGGAUCUCUGGAUCGCAAGGAAUCGACGGUCUUCACGAUCGGAAGUCACAGCAUCGGAUGCUCAUCAUGCGAUAAUUUCUCGUUCCGAUUGAAUAGCCGAACUUGCAGCAGGCCCGCUGACCAGACUUUGGACCCUCGGCGCGCUUGCAAGCUGACAAGGACCUGUCUGCAGUGCGCCGCCGACAAGCAACCGAACAUAGUCGCUCCCUUUGACUACAUAACUCCUUUCAAACUGGAUAAUGCCUACUUCAAGAUCACCCUGAUGAACAAGGGAUUGUUGAGGACGGAUCACGCCUUCGCACACGACCCCAGAACAGCACCGUACGUGAAGUUCUAUGCUCACAACGAGGGCUCCUUUAAGAAAGAUUUCAUGGAGGUCUUUGUCAAAGUCAGCGUGGUCGGUAUCAACCAUAGCAAGACCGUCGUUCCAAAAGAUUACUACGACUGCAAAUCCGGUGGCAAAGGAGCGUUUUCGGCAUAGCUUGAUUGAUUCACGGAUUAUGGAACGAUGACUUAAUUGAUGGAGUAAUUGAGCGAUGGAUGGAGCAACGGAUUGAUAAGUUCAUGGAUUGAUUACUUGUACCUACUGUCUAUAAUCUGCAAACCCAGUGGUCAGUGAUCGAUUGAUUCCCCGAUCAAUCGGUUGAUUGAUUGAUUGAUUGAUUCAAUUUGAUUGAUUGAUUGAUUCAAAUUGAUUGAUUGAUUGAUUGAUUGAUUGAUUGAUUGACCGAUUCGUUGAUUGAUUGAUUGGUUGAUUGAUUGGCGGAUCAAUUGAUGGAUGGACGGAUGGAUUAAUAAGCUCAUGGAUUUUGAUGAAUUGUCCUAUCAAUGCAAACCCACUGGCCAGUGAUUCGAUUCUCGGAUCAAUCGGUUGAUUGAUUGAUUGAUUGAUUGAUUGAUUGAUUUGAUUAAUUGAUUGAUUGAUUGAGUGAGUGAGUGAGUGAGUGAGUGAGUGAUCGAUCCCGGAUCCAAUUGGUCUAUGGAUUGAUUGUUGAUACUGUUACUGAAAAACCCAGUGCUCAGAGAUCGAUUCCUGGAUCCAUGGAUUGUGACUGCUUUGGAUGGAUUGGAUUGGAUUGGAUUGGAUUGGAUUGGCUGACCAAUUGGUGAAUAAAUUUAUGGAUUGAUUGAUUCACAGAUUGACAGACUGGCUAAUUGGUUGGUUCGCCGUCUGAAGUGAAGAUCCAUUCCAUGGAUGGGCGAAUUGAUUAAGGUCUCCGCUUUCGAAGUAAUCGUCGACCAACAUGACGGAUCGAUGAUCAAAUCCCAUGAUUUCGAUAAUUGAUUGAUUUGAUUAGUUACCAAUUGAUUGAUUGAUUGAUUGAUUGAUUGAUUUUAUUGAUUGCGGGAAUUAAAAAGCCGUAGGUGAGUAAUCGAUGUAGAAGGGUAAGCUAUGUACUAUACAACUGUACUCUACUGUAGGGAUCCUGUGAGACUGAUUAAUCAUCAUCAAUAAUCAAGAUUGCUGCGUCUU